UCACUUCCUUCAAUUAGAUAAGAGGUCGUUACAAUUAUCGAGUGUGUGGAAGUUUUACUAUUAAUUUACGUCUUUAUAAAUAUUCUAAAGCCUAUGAAAUGCGUCGCUUUGCAAGAGGUCUGCACACCAUCCGAUCAGAAUUAAACAGUAGUGGAGAUUACGCGAGCUUACCAACUUUGGCAAGUUUUUGUUUGGUGCCAAAUUCUGCCGGGGAAAAGAACGAACUUGUGAAAUCUGCGAUUACCCGCGCAGCUGGCUGUGCAGCGAAGUGUAUGGUAACACAACAAGUGCGGAAGUAUGCACCGUCAACUGGAAAAACGUUAAUUGAAAAUGCCUGCUGGAACUGCAAGAGGUCUGGGCGAAAAAAUCAUAUGAUGUGCCAGUUCUGCGGGUAUCUCCAAGAUGUUGAUAUGGACAUAAAUUAUUUUGAGUUGCUAAAUUUUCCAAACAGCUUUUCUUUGGACCAAAAAGAUCUAACACGGCGUUUUCGACAGCUGCAGACCAUAGUGCAUCCGGAUAAAUUCAGUAAUAAAACGUCGCGUGAACAAAACAACUCUGCUGAUUGGAGUGCACUAAUCAAUAAAGCUUACAAAACACUAUCAACUCCAAUAGAGCGGGGUCAAUAUAUUUUAAAGCUGCAAGGAGAACAAAUGCCACAGGACAAUAGCGCCCUAGAUAAGGAAUUUCUCAUGGUAAUGAUGGAGCGCAACGAGGAAGUUGAAGAGGCAAAUACAGGGGAAGAGUUGCAACGUUUAAAUAAAGAUAUUGUACAGGAAUUAAACGCGAGUGCCAUUGAAUUGAGCAACAAAUUUGAAUCGAACGCGUUGAACGAGGCGAAAUCGCUGCUAGUUAAAAUGAAAUAUUUGACGAGUGUGCAGAAGAGUAUUAAAAACAAAAUUCAAAGGCUAAUGGGUGGUUGAGCUCCAAUUACCAAGUUGAGCUCAGCUGUUUUGUUAAAAUUAUAGCUGGAUUCGGCACCUUUGCGCUUUGAAUAUCGUACUAAAAUACUUAAAUAUACAAAUGUUAAUUAAUAAAUGCUUGAUGUUAUAACAAGAAUUCGA